GUCCCGGCAACGGAAAAUCGUUUUUAUUUUUUUUUCCCAUAAUUUUUUUUGUUUAUUCAGGACUUUAACACGAAUACACGAUCACUCGAGCAACAGAAAUAAGGAAAAGGGCGGGAGGUGGAGAAAAAAGGUCCCGUUUUCGAUGUAUUCUUUUCAAUUUUAAUAGCUCUACAAUAUGCUGUAGGGGAAUUAGGGUUUUUUCAAAUUCAGGAAAGGAACAAGAUCGAGGAUGGCAACUCUAGGCCAGAGAAGAGCCACCAUAGUAGCCAUGGAAGAGAACACCUUGGCUAUUCUCGAUUCCGCCGAAGCUAAAGACACACAAGACGCUAACGAUGACAGGAUUGCUUAUCUCAAUGCCGUUCGCUUGGCUUCAAUUCUUGCGGAUAGUCCAUCGCCUCCAACAAAUAAAAUGGCCGAGGCAGUGUUCCAGAUUCUGAGGGUUGGAAAAUCACUGGAAUCAAUAAUGGAAAGUUUUCGGCUUCUAAAUGAGUUAGAGAAUUGUUACCCGCCAGCGUAUGUAUCAAACAUGGACACAUCUGGAUCACCUAUACUAGUGGUAGUUGAAGAGGCAUGGUCUCCAUUCGGUUUUGGCUCAGAUGUUGCUCGUAGUGGCAAGGAACCUGCUGCAGAAAUCCCACUUGGACCAAUUGAUGCCUCUGGCUUUCAUCUGUUGAUUCAAGGCCUUGUUGAAGUGGCCGAUGAAGCCAAUUUUCAAGCAUUGGAUCUGAAGGCUAUCAGGAGGAUGUUACUAUUUCAAUAUAUCGUGAAUGCUCUUAAAGGGGAUUUUGUCCCACGUAACUGUGUGUAUAAAGAUACCAUGAAUUGGAAUCUCCUAAGGGAGUCCUUGCUCAACAUGCUUCUGGGCUCAAGAAGAAUAAUCUACAAAAAUUUAAUGAAGGAUUGCUUGUCCAUCAUGUGUGGAUUUCAAAUCAGUAAUAAUUUUGAAUGUUCUGAGAAUCCUGAAGCUGCGUCUGGUGAUGAUACUGCUUUAGCAAUUGCUGUACUCGAAGCCAGAAAGAGUACUUGUAUCGCAAUGCAGAAGCUUUUAACAAUAAUUAUGGAACUCGAUAUGUCAAAGAACAAAGCAGAAAUGCAAGGUUGUACCACCAGAGCUGAUGGUGUGAGAACUCCACUGGUGGAAAUAAUUCUGGAUGAGCUAACUUAUGAUCAAGAUAUGCUUUCCCAGUUUCUUCAGGUCUUUACUGAACCUAAGUGGAAACUGGAAAUAAUUCUGCGGUACUUUUCAAAAUAUACUGCUAAGCCUUCUGUUCACACUCGAAGGUCGAAUGGCUGUACAGAUGAUGUAACAUUCAAUGGAGUUUUGAGGCGCUUAAUGGAUAGCACCAGCUCGAGAAAUAUUAUAAAGAAAAUUAGUACUGAAGUAGUUCAGUUGCUUGUAGCACAUGCUUUUCAGGCUCAUUUAUCAAGGUCUUGUCAAAACUUCGAUGGCAUAAAUGAUUCUGAUGAGGUGAAAGCCACCCCUCUUACAGAGAUAUGCAAGAAUUUAGUUUCUGCUUUUAGAAGUUUGAGGAGAAUGGAUGAGAAGAUGGAUAUCUUACCAUUUGCAAAGGAAGCACUUUUUACAGCAGCAACUAUCCUAUCACCAAAAUCAUAGGGCCUUAACAAACGGUUGCGUAUUGGAUCACUCAUUUUGGACGCUGGUAAUCUAAAGGUAACUUGAUCUAUGUCAUUUGUAUCUACAUGUUAACUUGAAUAUCAUUUGUAUCCUAUCAACAAAAAUCAUAGGGCCUUUCUUGUUUAGUAAUUGGUAGUCUUCUAAGCGGGGCGCUAUCCCUUAUUAUUUAUAGUCAAUAUAAAGUGUCGUCCAUUGAUAUUACAGGUUUAGGAUUUGAUGUCAACAAGAACCCAACUAGUAAAAUGAAGCAGGUUUUUAAGUUUGUUUGUAUUCCGGUAGGCAUGGCAUUCAUUUUGUAUUAGAGUUUGGUGCAUAAUUAAAUGAUCAUUUGGCCCUUUUCUA